UGCAUUUGAUUUCUGUAUUUACAGAUCCUGAGUCCAUUACAGGGAUCAAUGCUACUUACAUCUCAGACACAGAGAUUACUCUUACAUGGGACUUGCCUGAAGGGGAGUAUAAUGCAUUUGAGGUUCAGUACCUCAACGCUGAAGAUGUUCUUAUUCAGAACCUAACUCUUCACAACUCCAUUACAUUGAGUGAUUUGAAACCUCACAGAAACUAUACUUUUACUGUGGUGGUGCGCUCGGGUACUGAAUCGCAGGUCCUUCGACGGUCACUGCCCGUUUCUGCCAUAUUUACGACAAUGGAAUCUGUUCCCGGCAAGGUAAGGAGAUCUCAUCACUGAUCAGUAAUAAAUGUG